AUGCAAUCCCGCGCCGGCAAAACCGAAAACACGACAGCGGAUUGGUCCGCCUGGGCCUCCGUGCCGUGGUCCCCCGUCGGGGUCGGGGAUUCCCCCAACAACAACAACACCAACACCCCAAUCGGUUGGCUCAAAUCCGGAAUCCCCUACCUCCCCCAAGAAGACGCCGUCGCCCUCCAAACCCUCGACGUCUGGAUCCCCGCCAACACCAGCAGCAGCAGCAGCACCACGACGACCACCACCACCACCCCAAACCAAUCCUCCCCGCCUCCCAACCCCCCCAACAAAACCUGGAUCGUCUACAUCCACGGCGGCGCCUGGCGCGACCCGGCCAUCACCUCGACCUCCUUCACCGCGGCCGCCACCAACCUGCUCCUGCGGGCGGCCGGAACCACCAACGCCGACUCAACCUUAAGCCUGUCCGAGUCUGGCCUCGCGGGGCUCGUCUCGCUCAACUACCGCCUCUCGCCGCACCCGUCCCACCCGCCGUCCACGCCCGCCGACAAGCUGUCGCGGAGCGCCCGGCAUCCGGAACACGUUGCUGACGUGCGGGCUGCGCUGGCGUUUUUGGGACGGCUGGGGAUUUUGGGAGGGGGAGGGUCUGGGGGCGGGAAUUGGGUGUUGGCCGGCCACUCGUGCGGCGCGACGCUGGCGUUUCAGGCGGUUAUGCACCCGAGGCGGUGGGGGUUGGCUUCUAGGGGUGAGGUUGCUAGUCCUGGUGAGGGUUUGCCUAAGCCGGCGGUGCUGGUGGGGUUCAACGGGCUGUAUGACCUCGCUGGGUUUAUUGCCGCGCCGCCUGAGGGGUUUGGGCAUCUGAGGGAGGGGUAUAGAGAGUUUGUUGAGGGGGCGUUUGGUGCUGACGAAGGGGUGUGGAAGAAUGUUUGUCCUGCCACUGUGGAGGGGAAUUGGGUUGGGGAGUGGAUUGGGGAUGGGCAUGCGGACGGGGAGGGGCCUGGGAAGACGGUUGUGCUGGUGCAGAGUCGUGAGGAUACGCUCGUGCCGUGGGACCAGCUGGAGGCGAUGCGGGCGCGGUUGGCGGACGAGGGAAGGGUGGGUGUGAAGGUGAUGGAGGCCACGGGUAAGCACGAUGACGUUUGGCGGGAGGGGGGCAGGAUGGCCGAGGUUCUGUGGAAUACUCUUAGGGGCAUGUGA